AUGUCCAAAAGCCUUCGCUCCAAGCUGUGCCUUGAGGGCUUGCGGGGUAAAGGUCCAGUGGGGAAGCUAAUCAACGUUCCGCUCGCUGGUGGUUGCACCAUGUCUGGAACACAAAUAGGCUUAGUAGCAGUAAAAACUUGGAACGACCUCGUCGCCAAUUUGGAGAUCUUCAGGGUUUCGGCGUCACUUGGAUGUCUCGACACGUGGGGACCAGGAAGCCUUUCAGUGAUAAUGAAGCCACCGCGUGAGCAAGGGCCGAGGACAAGCAGGUCGGACCGCACACCUAAAAGUCUCAUCCGAAGCAUUUCAGCGCCCCUGGCUCUUGGGCUUCACAUGUAA